AGCUUUGCGCGGCGCCGUCCCCGCGAAGACAGACUGCUCUGCUCUGCUCUGGUCUCACGCGUCGUCGCUGCCCGUGACGACAGCCCGAGGCUUCAACGUUCCAGCUGUUGUUGCCUUGCCUGCCUCGACCGACGUUUGGAAAAUCGCCUUCCCGCUAUAAAUACCAGCCUCCUCGCCCCGUCCCAGUCCUCACAACUCAACAGCCUCUCCGCUCUCCACACCAUAGCCCAAGCGUUCGCUUCCCAUCGCGUCCCAUCUCCUCUCUGAACCAGCAAUCAACAACAACAGCCAGAUGGCUCGCUUCGCCGUGGUCGCCGCCGUCAUCGCGCUCCUCGCCGUCGCCGCCGCCGCGCAGGGCCCCAUGCCGGCGCCCAGGAUGGCCCCGCUCCCCGCACCGCCGGCGAGGUCGCCGGCCACCGCCCCUGCGCCGGUCGCCACCCCGCCCACCGCCGCGUCGCCGUCCCCGAUGGCCUCGCCCCCGGCCCCGCCCACCGACGCUCCCUCCGCGAUGACGCCCUCCGCGGUCUCCGCCACGCCCACCGGUGCCCCCACCGGCGCCCCCGCGAGCUCCGCCGUGUACUCGUCCGCCGCCAGCUUCGUCGCCGUCGCCGGCGCGGUCGCAGCCGCCAUCAUGUUCUAGAUGUGGCGAGGGUCCUGAGCUGAUCUUCGACCUGCCGCCGCCGUGGGGCUCUGAGUCUGAUCCAACGUUGUUUAUACUCCGACGAGAUUCUUUUUCGGUUCUCUUUGUUGAGCUGGGGAGUGAGUUAUAUGUAACACCGCCGUGUUGCGCUACACAUGCGCGAGAUUAUCAUCAUCAAUAGAAUUCUUUCAUUUGUUACCU